UUCGAGACAGAGCCCGAUUCUAUGGGACUAUAUCGAAUCUACCCGACACACCCCACAUCUAUUCCCCCCAACGACUCAUCUCUCAUCAGUCGCACAGAUGCACCAACACUAGAAGGAGAACAGGUGACAGAGUCAUCCAACACACAUGCAUCUACAGGAUUCGCUCCUCCUGAUGUGGAUAAUGAUCAUAUUUUUGAUCCAUUUACUAAUCCAAUGUGUGGAUUGAUGAUGACUUGGCGCUAUACUGGAACCAAUGAGAAGUCUGAUGCCAAAGUUAACUGA